AUGCAGGUCUCGCUGCGCCAGUGGCGCCGGGCCGCCACGCUACUGCUCGCCGCGGGCCAUGCCCCGCCGAGCCCGUCCGCCGCGGCCGAGGACUACGAGGUGCUGCUGCUGCAGCGCACCCAGAGCAGCAGCUUCUUGCCCGGCGCCCACGUCUUCCCGGGCGGCGUCCUGGAGGCCGCGGACUGUUCGACCGACUGGCUCGCCGUCUUCCAGCCCCACCACGGGCCGCCGAGCUUUGGCCUGGCCCUCUCCGGGCCCAGGGAAAACUACCCCGAGGUGGCCUUAGCGCCCUGGCCUGGUUGUCGCUCGCUCAUCCCCGACGACGUGGCCUUUCGCAUCUGCGCUAUCCGGGAAACCUUCGAGGAAUCGGGCAUCCUCCUGCUGCUCCGCAACGGCGCCAAGGCCCCGCACCUGGCCCGAGCGCAUGCGCCGCCCGCCGACCUGGCGGCUUGGAGGGCCAGGGUCAAGGAAGACCCGGGCCAGUUUCUCCAGCUGUGUCAGCGCCUGGGCUGCGUACCCAACCUCUGGGCCCUGCAAGAGUGGAGUAACUGGCUCACGCCGUUUGUGAGGAAAGGAGGGAGGCGCUUCGACACGAGGUUCUAUGUCUGCUGCCUGCAGAGCAAACCCCAGACCUUCCUGGACAUGCUAGAAGCGAUUAAAUGCGAGUGGAUAACUCCAACAGGAGCAAUAAAAAAGUUCGCAUAUGAAGAAAUAUGGUUGGCACCUCCUCAGUUCUAUGAGAUAAGAAGACUUAAAAACUUUGCUUCUUUAUUGGACUUGCACAAAUUUUGUUUGGACCGGAGUUCAGAAGGAUGUGAAAGAUGGCUGCCAAUUACAUUGCUUACCCUAGAUGGUGCCAUGCAGCUCUUACCAGGAGAUGAACUAUACCAUGAAGACAAAGAAUUUUUAGAAAAGAAUUUAUCAAUCAACAAAAAGACUGAAGAAAUUAUGGGAAAAAACAGAACACUUCACAGAAUAGUGUUACACAGCCGUUAUCAUUAUAGUAUCCAUGUGACAAUUCAGCCAAAAUACAAACAUAUAUAUCCAGAGAACUUCUUAGGAUUUAAGAACCAUUUAUAGUUUACUUCUUGUUUAAAAUUGUAUCUUCAGAAAUAGAAAGUUGAGGGGCAGCUCGGUGGCGCAGUGGAUAGAGUACUAGGCCUGGAGUCAGGAGGACUUGAGUUCAAAUUUGGCCU